AUGACCAAGAGAAUUACACUACUCCCACACGUCGUCGUCUUCUUCCUUCUAUCAUCGGCCGUCCAUGCCCACUCGGAUAAACGGGUCCCAUUAUUGGAUCCCACCGUCGUAGCCAUCGUCUUCGUCUUCUUGUUCGUCGGCUGCUUCUCCAUCUACCUUCGCCACUGCUCCGGUAUGUACCGUCGUAGCCGGAGCGGCACUACCGGCAAUUUUUACUCAAGUAGGCUUCAAGGUAUCCAUCCAAAUGUACUCGCCACCUUCCCCAUCCUUCCAUGUUCCGCCGUGAAACAACUUAAACUUGGUAGUGCCUCGCCGGAGUGUGCCGUGUGCUUGAGCGAGUUCAAUCACCAAGAUAAGCUCCGAUUGCUUCCGACAUGUAACCACGUGUUUCACUCUGAAUGCAUCGACGCCUGGUUGGCCUCCCACGUGACUUGCCCAGUUUGUCGCAUGAAGCUGAAGCCGGCGGCGGCGGAAGAGAAUCACCGACGUGAAAACGACGUCGUGAUAGAAAUUCCCUGUGAGGUCACAAAUGCACACCACGAGUUCGAUUAUAAAGGUUCUACGAGUAGAUCUACGGAGCUUAAUUCAGGAGACAGGAGAAGAAGUUUGGUGAGGUGUCAUUCAACGGGUCACUCUGUGGGAUGGGGUGAGUUCGGAAGGAAGGACUUGGAGAGGCAGAAUCUCAGGUUCGUGAAUCACAGAGGAACGCGACGGUCGGCGAGCUACGAUGUGUUUCGUGGACGGCCGGGUGAAGAAAACAGUAACUAG